AUGAAGUCUUACGCUGCCCUCGCCCUUACCGCCUCCAUGGCCAACAUGGUUGCCGGCCACGCCAUCUUCCAGCAACUCUGGGUCAACGGCGCCGACCAGGAGUCCAGCUGCGUCCGCAUGCCUGCCUCCAACUCCCCCAUCGAGGACCCCACCUCCAACAACAUGCGCUGCAACGCCGGCUCGGCGGCCGCCACCACCACCUGCGGCGUCAAGGCCGGUGACACCGUCACCGUCGAGAUGCACCAGCACAACGACCGCGACUGCACCAAGGAGGCCAUCGGCGGCGCCCACCACGGCCCCGUCAUGGCCUACCUGAGCGCCGUCGACGACGCCGCCGCCGCCGACGGCUCCACCCCCUUCUUCAAGAUCUUCGAGUCGGGCUACUUUGCCGAGAACAAGACCUGGGGCAACGACCUCAUCAACGAGGGCUGCGGCAAGCAGAGCUUCACCAUCCCCUCCGACAUCGCCCCGGGUGACUACCUCCUCCGUGCCGAGACCGUCGCCCUCCACGCCGCCGGCUCCGCCAACGGCGCCCAGUACUACAUGUCCUGCUACCAAUUGAAAAUUGAGGGAACUGGAACUGCCAAGCCUGAGGGUGUCUCGUUCCCCGGCGCCUACAAGGCCACCGACCCCGGUCUGUUGAUCAACAUCUACAACACCAUCACCGAUUACGUCAUCCCCGGCCCCGCUGUUUACGGCGGCGGUGGCUCCGGCUCCGGCUCCGGCUCCGGCUCUGCUCCUGCCCCCUCCGCGCCUGCUGCCUCUGCUCCUGCUGCCUCUGCUCCGGCUGCUGCCCCUACCUCUGCUCCCCCUGUUGCCAGCAGCGCCGCCGCUGCCCCUACCACCCUCGUCACCAAGCCUGCCACCAGCGCUCCUGCUGCCGCCCCCACCGCUCCUGCCAGCCCUGCUCCCAGCUCUGGCGCCGGUGCCGGCUGCAAGAAGCGCCGUGCCCGCAAGGCCCGCCGCUCCGCCAAGUACUAA